AUGGCUUCCAAUCAGUCUCCCGCUUCUUCCAACUCUCAUCCGAUCGCCAAAGUCAGCAUCGCCAUGACCGCUAGCACCUCUCAAGAUGGUAGCGCAGAUGCGAAAGACGCAAACGACAUUCACCAGUUGAACGCUGUAGUCCCCAAGGUCCACUCUACCCAAGAUAGCGAAAACCAGCAGCUAGACACCCACGUAGAGAAUGGCAAUGAUAGCGAUCAGGACGAAGAUCGUCGUCCCGCCAAAAAGGCAAAGACAACCGGCGGCACCCCAGUAUCGAAGAUAAAAAACUCCACAGAUGAGGAUUCGUCCAUGGAUAAUGCUCCUCUGCCAAAGAAUGAUGGGUCUCUCGUACAGCAGCUGAACGCUAUCAAGCGUAAGGCUUCUCAGUCUAGCAAGAAGAAGGUGUCUGAUACCAAAGCCAUCCCCCGCCCGGCGACCUCAGAUGAGGACUCAGAUCAAUCCACAGUCGAAGACUUCGAUGAUAACUAUACACCGGAGCAGCAGCCCAAAGUCCGAACAGCCCGAAAGGCACCCGUAGUACCAGCUAGACGGAAGGUCGUUGCGAAAGGUGCCAACAAGAAGACUCAUGCCCCGCUCCCGAUCAUGAGGACACCUCUCGCCAUGCCGAAAGAAGAAGGGGGCCCGAAGAAGUUCACCACUUGGAAAGGCCUUACUAAUGCUAAGCUCGAGGAGGCUAUCAAGGCCCGUGACUUCUGGGAUGAAUUCCUAGACAGCGAUGAGGGAACGACCAAGAAAGCUAUGGCAGAGGCCUUGGUUGAGUGGGAUCUGGCAAUCUUGAAGGGCGAGAUUCGAAUGCAGAUUGAGGCGAAUGGACCCGAUCACAUACUCGCAGGGCGUGACAAGACCCUUGAUGAGAUGCUUGCUGAGCUCCCUGCGAAUAAGGCGCCAAAAAUGAAAGUCGACAUCAAUGCCUUGUUCGAAGAGCCGGAAGGAGAGAAUGGCGGGUCACCAGAUGAGGGCGGCGACUUGGAGCAGAUGAUGAGCACUGCGCUUGAAGGAGACGCCCCGGGCGAGCAAUUGGAGGUCUCGAAGGGAGACUAG